AUGCACGAUGACGGCGACAGAAAGGAAGAACUCAUCGAACUCCGUCAUUCAAAAGCCAUCCGUCAACAAUUUGAGAACAGGUCAAACAGCACCUUUUGGGACGAGGGGUUGGACCUGUUCCCAAAACUCACCAAAUCAGCCAUGGAAUACUAUGUUCCCUACGUUACAACGUGCGAGUUGAUCUGUAGAAUUAUGGAUUCGUUGGGGCCAAACGACACGUCUGCCGAGUGUGCAGGGAGGCAAGCGGACGCGUCAAACAGGAGCUGCGGCAACAUCUCAGCGGCGUUCGCACCUCGCGGCGUGCCGCCAAAAGAUGACAACCACAUGCUGCUGAUCCUGCUGUACUCCCUCAUCUUCUUCCUGAGUGUGUUUGGGAACCUGCUGAUCAUUGUGGUGCUGACCGUCAACAAGCGCAUGCGCACCGUCACCAACUCCUUCCUGCUUUCGCUGGCCGUCAGCGACCUAAUGAUGACCGUCUUCUGCAUGCCCUUCACGCUCAUCCCCAACAUUCUCAAGGACUUCAUAUUUGGUGCCGCCAUGUGCAAGACAGUGUCCUACCUUAUGGGUCUAUCGGUCAGCAUUUCUACAUUCAGCCUGGUUGCCAUUGCGAUUGAGCGCUACAGCGCCAUCUGUAACCCCCUGAAGUCGCGGGUGUGGCAGACUCGAUCUCAUGCCUAUCGGGUGAUCGCAGCUACGUGGAUAACGGCGCUCAUCAUUAUGAUUCCGUACCCGGUGGUCAGUCGCCUGGACUCCUUUGAACGCCUCGACAACACCACUGGUCACAAGUGUCGGAGCAAGUGGCCUGCAGCCAUGGCGGAGCAGUCCUGGUAUGUUCUGCUGUUGCUGGUGCUAUUCGCCGUUCCCGGAGUGGUGAUGAGUGUGGCCUACGGUCUAAUCUCCAGGGAGCUUUACAGAGGAAUCCGCUUUGAGAUUGGUCACAAAAAGGACUCCACAGACACCAAGAAUGGUUUGACUUCAACAGUGUCGUGUGCCAGCGACGAUGGCGACGGUUGCUACGUCAAUGUCCAGCGUCCCUACUCCUUGGAAAUGUCGGCCAUGUCCGCUUCGGUGCGGUCACCCAAGUCGGAGCGUCUGCGCAGCAACACGUCUGAGGCCAAGCUGGAGGCCAAGAAGCGAGUCAUCCGCAUGCUUGUAGUUAUCGUGGUCCUCUUCUUCCUUUGCUGGAUGCCACUGUACUGCGUCAACACGUGGCGGGCUUUUGACAAGGAUUCGGUCAGUAAAGCUCUGACGGGAAAACCCAUCGCUGCUAUUCAUUUGCUAUCUUACACCUCGGCCUGCGUCAACCCCAUCAUCUACUGCUUCAUGAACACCCGUUUUCGGAAGGCUCUGCUGGCCACGUUUUCCUGCUGCGCUGCGCCUUGCCGUCAGCGCCGCCGCCGCGGCUUGAGAGACAACGAGGAUGACGUGACGGCUGUGGGACCUUCGGUGUCCAAAUUCAGUUAUACAACGGUCAGCACCAUGGGAACCUGCUGA